AUGGAGGAUAAGUUCCUAGGAGCGGGGGAUAACAAACCUGUGCACGCUUUCGUCUUCGUCAGUGCGCUGCCUUCCGCAACUCAACAAGAAUUACAUCAGGUAUCUUUCGAGUAA